AUGGUCCCUGCAUACGUUUGCGUGAUUCUUCAUGCCAUUAUAACACCAAUUAUCUUUUUUAUAAUCAAAUACAAGCGGCACGUCUUGAUCCCAGGAGCAAAACAAGUGCAGGGGGGUGCGGUCUUUCCAGUGCUGCUGGGAGAGCGGAAGCGGAAGUGCGGCCAUCUCCUCGGCGCAAGCUACAAGAGGUUUUUAUUAUUUUGUGGCCGUGGAAGAGGAACUGAGACACGGAGAGAACACAACCUUCUUCUGCUUGGUCGUUGUGUAACAGAUUGA